AUGGCUUCUUCAAAAGCCGGCCGCUUGGGCGAGGAGACGCGAGUCGACAAGGUCAGCGCCGAGCUCGUCACGCUUACCUAUGGCACGAUAGUCGCUCAGCUAUGCAAAGAUUACGAGUUCAACUACCCCGAGGUGAACAAGCAGCUGGAUCGCAUGGGCUACAACAUCGGGCUUCGCCUGAUUGAGGAUUUCCUCGCCAAGUCGAGCGCACCUGCCUGUUCCAACUUCCGCGAAGUGGCCGAGAUGAUAUCAAAGGUCGGCUUCAAGAUCUUCCUCAACAUCACACCAACGAUCACGAACUGGUCGAGCGAUAACAAGCAGUUCUCACUCAUCUUCGAGGAGAACCCGCUGGCAGACUUCGUAGAACUACCCGACGACGGCCGAGCACAGGAUGAGCUGUGGUUCUCGAACAUACUUGUAGGCGUGCUCAGGGGCGCACUGGAAAUGGUGCACAUGCAAGUCGAAGCGCAUUUCACCAGCGACGUACUACGCGGCAACGACACGACCGAAAUGCGGAUAUCGCUCAUCCGCUACAUCGAUGAUGAGAUGCCGCCAGACGACGAAUGA